AUGAUGCACACGGGACUGAGAUAUCCAUCCCAAAAACGAGACCUCGAUACCGUAUCUGGGGGACAACUUGCCGCGGGCUGCUUGCCAUUGCCACCGCCCACGUGCGGAGUCCCCGCGCACAACCCUGCUCGAGAUAUGUCUACGAAACCUCCACGCAUUCGUUUUUAUCCAUUCGCAUACGCUCUGUUUACCGAAGAGCUCUAUAACUACUGUUGGUAUUGCCUUGCACCUGUGGAAUCGAAGAAGAGAUGUCUAGGCUGCGGGUUUGCUUUAUUCUGUGGCAAAGAAUGCCAGACUUUGGGAUGGAAAGACCAUAAGGCUGAAUGCAAAGGUCUGAAGAAGUCUGCCUCUAUUCCUGACAUUGAGAUAAGAUUAUUGGGGAGGAUUGUUCUAAGACAUAAGGAUAUAUGCUCUGGAAAAGACAAAAAAAUCGAGGGGUUUUACAAAGAGCGCAGUUCCAAACGUACCAUUCUCGAGAUUUGGUCACAUAUAGAUUCAAUUAGGAAAGAUCAGUAUGCCAUGAAAAAAUUCGAAGAUAUAUAUUCGAAGUUGACGGAAUUCUAUGAAAGCAAGUUCAUGUUGCCCAAAGAAGAAGUUUUCGAGCUACACUGCAGAGAUUAUAUUAACAGACAUGCUUUAAGUGAUAAGGCAUACCUAAAGGAGAUUGGGAAAGGAUUAUAUCUGGAUCUUUGUGCUUACGAUCACUCAUGUAGACCCAACACUGUCUAUACUUGCGAUGGAUUCAUAGCGACUCUUAGAGCGCUCAACUCUGACGUUUCUAUUAAGGACAAAACCAAAACCUUCUAUUCUUACAUUGAUCUUCUAAGUUCUUUACAGCAGAGAAAGAAAGAGUUGAAAGACACAUGGUACUUUGAUUGUCGGUGCGAAAGGUGCACUGAUCCAGAUGACCACAUACUUACCAGCAUACUCUGUCCCGUCUGUCCGCGCGAUGAACGAGAAACACUGUACAUUUUUGGGGAGCGUUCUCACAAAGAUGAGGAUACCGCUGUGAUUACUUGCCCCAAAUGCUCUAAUGAGGUUCCAAAGGAAUACGUUCUGGAGGCAGUAAGCGCUAUGAGAUUCAUCGACAAACUUAUUGAGGACAAAGAAAUAGAGCAGAUGCCAAUGAAAACAAGAAUCGAAUUUCUACAAGAUUUGCUCGAACGUUUCACAAAAAUCCUUUCCGGCACCAACAUCUACCUCUGCAAGCUAAUCCAGAACCUCAUUCCACUCAUCCCUCCGGACAACAAUGAAGUAUUGCUCCGUUUGCACAAACAAGCAGAAAGCUGUGUUCGGCGUUGUUUUCCUCACAAUCACCCUGCCAAUGCAUUUCACUUGAGGAAUAUCGGCAUUUUUCUCAACAAUCUGAAAAGGUACGAAGAAGCUGUAACAUAUCUUCGUGAAGCUGAUCAAAUCCUUGAGUUCACCCUGGAUUCUGAUCAUACAAUGACCGUUGAGAAUCGUGAACUACUCAAGCAGACACUAUUGAAUAUGGGAGCCGGAGAAGAGCUGCGGAAAUAUUUAGAGCCUUCUAAGAAAACGUUUACCGAGGUCAAGGAUAGUGAGACAAAUGGCAAGACCGAGCAUGUCUCAGAUUCUGCUGUGCAUGAAGAAGCUAAAAAAGGCGAUUUGAAUAAGGAGGUGCAAAUCGCAAUCUCGGAAUUAGUUGUGGAGGACAAAACUCCUUUAAAGAUUGCUUCUACUAAGAAGAAUACGCUCAAGAAGAAGUUUGCUGAUCUCUUUUCUGAAGAUCUUUCGGAUUUGCCAGAUUUGAUUCCGUAAAAAGUUCUUCUAAAUCUUUAUUGCAUCUCAGUAAUUAUCAUUUUGUGCCUUUGAGGGUGCCUUUGGAAAUGGUGCUAAGAUUUUUGUUCGAAGUUUAAUUUACGUGCACGUUGAUGUUAGAUGUUAUGUCUGUUCAAGUACAGCUUCUCUUGCGAUUCGUCAUCUUCUUGUUUUAUUUCUUGCCUCCUACAUAGAAAUGGAAGUUCUGUUUAUUUCGUAAAACAAUAAAUAAU